AUAUAGAAAAACAAAUUAUAUUGAAAAGAUGAUUUAUGCCCCUAUAAGAAUGUUGACAGGGGAAAUGUAAAACCUUAAAUAUGUAUACCAAGGGAUCUGCUUGUCGAAAAGUAAGUCUGGUUUGCAACUAACUACAAAAUGUCUUUAAAGCACCUUUGAGAAGCUGAAGCACUCUGUGUAUAAUGCGGAUAGUGAGAAUUAAAAUAACAAGACUAUGAAACUGACAUUUAUGGAUCCCUAAUAUACAUGAGGCACACUACUGAGAGCUUUUCACUAGUAUUUGCUUUAUAGAUAAAUGACCUCAUUUAAUCCUAUUGAAGAAAAAAUAAGAUAGGGAAUAAGACGGGGAUUAUCAGUACUAUUUUUAAAAGAAUAAAAUUGAAAAUCAGUAAGUUAAGUGACAGAUCUGCCAGUAGGUGGCAGAGGUGUGUGUGAUUCAAACCAAGAUCUGCUCAGAAAUGGCGCACAGGUGGUUAAAACCUUGCACUUUUUGUCAUUCUACACAAACUUCCUUAGGGUACAAACUUAAAGAAUUACUUGUUUAAGGGUCAAAAUCAAUGAGAUUACAUAUCCGUAGAAAAAACCUGACUUGCAAUUUUUUAUCUGUCCUUCCCAAUGAGCUGUGUCUAACGAUUAAUUGUUCAUCACUUUUUAAAUGCUUAACAUGUAAAACAUUUUAACUCUAAUUUGAAGAUCUCAGAAACUUUAGUUCAAUUAACUCACAGGUUAAUUUUUUUUUAUGAUGUUGAGUGCUGGAACAAAAUACAUUUGAGUAAGAGAGGAGGAAAGCAGAACGUUUAGUUACCUCUAAGAAGACCAGCUGAAGCCUUUCAGAAGUAGUACUUUUAACAGAGUAAAUAGGUGUGAAUUAUCGUCAGCUUUUAAAACUAAGUUUCAGAUUUAAGAAAAUGAAGACGAGGGGAAAUUUUCAGCUUCAAAGGGUGAUAGGAUAUUUCCAUGGAACAAUUAUUUUAUUCAGUAUCAUAAUAGGUGCAGGUAUAUUUCUGGCUCCUAAAGGGGUAUUAAAAUACUCCUCGCUCAAUGUGGGGGUCUCCCUAAGUAUUUGGGCUGCCUGUGCUGUCGUGUCUAUGGUGGCUGCUCUGAGUCAUGCAGAACUGGGGACCACUUUCCCUAGAAGUGGAGCACAGUAUUAUUUCCUCAAGAGAUCUCUUGGACCCCUUAUUUCUUUCUCCUAUAUCUGGGUCAAUCUAUUUGCUUCCCCGGCAGGAACUGCUGCACGGAGCUUGCUACUAGCAGGCUAUAUCAUACACCCUUUCUAUCCUGGAUGUUCUGUUCCUGAGAUGCCAAAGAAAUGUUUAGCGUUGGCCAUUGUAUGGUGUUUGGGAAUUCUGAAUGCUCGAGGAGUAAAAGAAGUGACCUGGUUUCAGACUCUCAGUACCGUUGUGAAGAUGGCAGUGCUCUGCUUCAUCUCUCUAACUGGAAUCGUGCUGUUGGUGAGGGGUAGAAAGGAGAACCUAGCUAGAUUUGAGAAAGCGUUCGAUGCUGAAGUUCCAGAUGCCUCGCAGAUUGCAGAAGCCUUCUUACAAGGAUUAUAUGCAUAUUCAGGCUGGGGAGUCCUUGUUCGGAUAGCAGGAGAGCUGAAAAACCCUGGUGAGAAUAUCCCCAAAUGUGUGAUUACUGCACUCACCCUGGUGGCUCUGAUCUACUUAUUGGUUAACAUUUCCUACCUAGCAGUCUUGACUCCAAAGGAAAUCAUGUCCUCAGAUGCUGUUGCUGUCACCUGGAUGGAUAAAGUAAUCCCUUCUAUGCAAUGGGCUAUUUCCAUUGGUGUUUCUUCCUCAAUAUUUAGCUCCCUUAAUUGUACUGUAUUUUCAUCAUCAAGGGUACUGUACGUUGCAAGUCAGGAGGGUCAGCUACCAUUGAUCCUCUCAACUCUUAACGUCCACUCCUGUCCAGUGGUCGCUGUGCUUCAGAUGACCAUUCUUGCCUCCUUUAUAAUUAUUCCCUCAGACUUAAUCCUUUUAGUAAACUAUGUGGGAUUCAUAGACUGGCUCCAACUUGGGCUAAUGAUGACAGGUUUACUUAAACUGAGAUUCCAGGAGCCCGACCUACCCAGACCUUAUAAGGUACGUUUGCCAUUUGUAUUUGGAACCAUCGCCAUGUCUCUGUUCUUAGUUUUGACACCAAUCCUCAAGUCUCCUAAUAUGCACUACACCUAUGUUCUUCUUUUUCUCUUCAGUGGACUUUUGUUGUAUUUUCCUUUUAUUCACUUUAACUUGAAUUGUCCGUAUUUCAACAAGAUAACUUGCUUUCUACAAUUACUGUUGAAUGUUUCACCUGGCGAUGACAUUGAUGAAUAUAUUUCAGCAGAAGGGACAUUACAGAAAAAUCAACCUGAAAUUGCAGCAAAAACAGAAUAAGUUAUGCAUGUUUGGCAAAUGAUUGAUUUAUUUUGAUUUAUUAAAAGUAUCUUUAUUUUCCAGCCAGAGUAAUACUCUUUAUGCAUAUAUGUAUACCUGCUACAUUUGUAAAAUGCAGCCAGCGCAAGAUAUCUAAUGUCCAAACUUUCACAUUGUAACUCUUUUUGUUUGUAACUGAAGCCUUAUUUCCCAAAUAAAGCACACUGAACCC